AUGGCCUCUCGGGAGCAGCUGGUGCAGCACGUGCUGCAGGAGCUGCAGGAGGCGGUGGAGUCCGAGGGCCUGGAGGGCCUCGUCGGGGCCGCUCUGGAGGCCAAGCAGGUCCUGUCCUCCUUCGCUCUCCCCACCCGCCGUGGGGGAGGCCCCGGCCCCCAGGUGCUGGAGGUGGACUCGGUGGCCCUGAGCCUGUAUCCGGAGGACGCGCCCCGGAACAUGCUGCCGCUGGUGUGCCAGGGCGAGGGCAGCCUGCUCUUCGAGGCGGCCAGCCUGCUGCUGUGGGGCGACGCGGGCCUCAGCCUGGAGCUGCGGGCGCGCACGGUGGUGGAGAUGCUGCUGCACCGCCACUACUACCUCCAGGGCAUGAUCGACUCCAAGGUGAUGCUGCAGGCCGUGCGCUACUCCCUGCGCUCCGAGGAGUCCCCGGAGAUGACCAGCCUGCCGUCCGCCACGCUCGAGGCCAUCUUCGACGCGGACGUCAAGGCCACCUGCUUUCCCAGCAGCUUCUCCAACGUGUGGCACUUGUACGCCCUCGCCUCGGUGGUCCAGCGCAACAUCUACUCCAUCUACCCGCUGCGCAACCUCAAGAUCCGGCCGUACUUUAACCGUGUCAUCCGCCCGCGCCGCUGCGACCACACGCCCGCCACGCUGCACAUCAUGUGGGCCGGCCAGCCGCUCAGCGGCCACCUCUUCCGCCACCAGUACUUUGCGCCCGUGGUGGGGCUGGAGGAGGUGGAGGCCGAGAGUGCCCACCCCGGCCCCGCCAAGACCCUGGAGCUGCUCAAUCGCGAGCCCGGCCUCAGCUACUCACCCCUGGGAGAGCGCUCCAGCGUCACCAGGAGCACCGUCUACCGCUGGCGGCGGCAGUCCCAGGAGCACCGGCAGAAGGCGGCCGCCCGCUUCUCCGCCAAGCACUUCCUGCAGGACAGCUUCCACCGCGGGGGCGUCGUGCCGCUGCAGCAGUUCCUGCAGAGAUUCCCCGAGAUCUCCCGCUCCACCUAUUACGCCUGGAAGCAUGAGCUCGUGGGUUCUGGCACCUGCCGGGCCCUACCCCCUGCGGAGGAGCUGGCGAAGCUGCCGGAGCGGCCGGUUGCCGAGGGGCUGGGAUGCUCCUCGACGGCCGUGUCCAGCCCUGGCAUGGUCUUCAUGCAGCGGGCCAAGAUGUACCUGGAGCACUGCAUCGCCCUGAAUACUCUGGUACCCUACCGCUGCUUCAAACGCCGCUUCCCGGGCAUCUCCCGCUCCACCUACUACAACUGGCGCCGAAAGGCUCUCCGAAGGAACCCCAGCUUCAAGCCAGGGCCGGCCCUCUCGGAGUCUGGGCCUCCCCAGCCAGCGCCGGUGGGCGAAAAGGUUUUGCUCCCUUGGCAGGGUGGUGAGGCCGGAGAGGGGGCAGCGAAAGCCACGGGUGGGGGCCCGCCUGCCUCGCGGGCGUUCCUGCCCCUGAGGGUACCGCUGUCCCGCUGGCAGAGGCGUCUGCGCAGAGCAGCCCGCAAGCAGGUGCUCGGUGGGCACCUCCCUUUCUGUCGCUUCCGCCUCCGCUACCCGAGCUUGUCGCCCUCCUCCUUUUGGGUCUGGAAGAGUCUAGCCCGGAGCUGGCCCGGAAGCCCGUCCAAGCUCCAGAUCCGGGCCCCCACCUUGGGCAGAGGGGGCAGGAAGGAGGCAGAGGAGAAACAAGCUGGCAGGAAUGUGACAGCUGCCCUGGCCCCCUCUGCAGGGACCCGGCAGAUGGCAGCUUCUCCGGGGGAGGAUCCAGGGAAGGCCCCGGGAGGGCCUUCCGGAGAGGGGGCCCUGCAAGAGGGGCCCACGGCCCAGGGUCGGCCCCCCGGUGGGUCCCUGUCCAGCCACCCUGUGGUGAGAGCGGCGGCGGGGGGCCGGGACAGCCAGGCGCUGGUGAUGGACAUGCUGGCCACCACGAAGUUCAAGGCCCAGGCCAAGCUGUUCCUGCAGAAGCGCUUCCAGUCCAAGAGCUUCCCCUCCUACAAGGAAUUCAGCACCCUCUUCCCCCUCACCGCCCGCUCUACCUACUACAUGUGGAAACGCGCCCUCUACGAUGGCCUCACCCUGGUGGACGGCUGA